AAUGUCCUUAGUAAGAUAAAUAGAGGGCUCAUGAAGAGGAAAAAAGGGCAGGUUAGAAGAAUCAAUAUUCUUACACAAUAUCCUUGAAUAUCAUCUUUACCCUCGCCUCUGCGCAUCUCCAUCCCGCAGCUCCGGUUUAGCUUCACUGUGCCUUGAGCCAGAGCAGGGAGGAGGCAGCAGCUGUGGUGUUGAUAUUUUGUACUUAAGUGGUGGUUUGUUGAUUGGGAUAGUUUUGAAAAUGAGCUUAGACAACAGGAGCCGGAGCAGAAGCAGGAGCAGGGGCAGGGGCAGGGGCAGGAGCAGGAGCAGUAGCAGGAGCAGGAGCAGGAGCCCAAUGGAUCGUAAGAUGCAUGCUCAGCGCUAUUCCUAUCGUGAUGCACCAUAUAGUCGGGAUUCGAGACGGGGCUUCAGUCAAAACAGUUUGUGCAAGAACUGUAAAAGGCCAGGUCAUUUUGCAAGAGAAUGCCCAAAUGUUGCCAUUUGCCACAAUUGUGGCCUUCCUGGGCAUAUUGCAUCAGAAUGCUCCACCAAAUCUCUUUGUUGGAACUGUCGAGAACCUGGCCACAUGGCCGGAAAUUGUCCAAAUGAGGGCAUCUGCCACACCUGUGGGAAGGCAGGACACCGUGCCAGAGACUGCACAGCUCCUCCAGUGCUUUCUGGUGAUCUGAGGCUGUGCAACAACUGCUUCAAGCAAGGCCACAUUGCAGCUGAAUGUACCAACGAGAGGGCCUGCAAGAACUGUAGAAAAACAGGUCAUCUGGCACGUGAUUGUCAAAAUGAGCCUGUGUGCAACUUGUGCAAUAUAUCUGGGCAUGUGUCUAGAGACUGCCCAAAGGCCAAUGUGCUUGAAGACAGAAAUAGUGGAGUUCGUGGAGGUGGUUUCCAGGAUAUUGUAUGUAGAAACUGUCAGCAGAUAGGGCAUAUAAGUAGGGACUGUAUUUCAAUGACCGUUUGCCACAACUGUGGAGGAAGGGGCCACCUUGCGUUUCAAUGCCCUUCUGGGAGGGUCAUGGACCGCUUUGCAAGAAGAUACUAGAGUAUGAAUUGUGCCUUACGGGUUGACAAAUAACCUUAAUACCUUUUCUCGGUGCCCUCUGAAGUGAGGUUGAUGUUGUUGCACUUCUUAAUACUUUGUGAUUGAACUUAGUCAUACUCUACAUUUUUGUUCUCAGGCACUGGUACUAGUUCAGAUGGCAUGAAUGUAAUGAGAAGACAUGUUUGCGAUGGUUUUCAUUAGUUAUUAGAACUUGAUGUUUGUUGUUUGUGAUA